CAAUGCCCAGAACGCUCCCUGACGCCAGACCCCAAACUGGCAGCGCAUCUCGCUCCGUAGCCGUCGCCGCUUGGAUGUAACCAUGUAGAAACGAAGGGGUGGAAUUGGAGAAGAGACGAGGACAGCUGCAGCUUAAUACCGGUGUCCACUCGGACUCAGAUGCAGCGCGAAGCCGGAAUGGAAAGAAUGGGGAUGGAGCCAGUGGUGCCAUGGGUGCCUCCGCUAGGAACUCUGGUCGAUGCCCGACGCGGCGUAAAGGGAGAAAUAUGAGUGGGCAAGUGGCAUCAACAUUGGGAUCUACAGGUCAAGAUUCUUCCCAGCUGGAUGAACCUGUGGUUGACCAGCAGCCCAGUGUUGAGCAACCUCAACAAGAGGAAGCACCAGUUGAGAUUCAGGAUAUCACACCUGGAAAGGAGGAAGUCAAUGGAGAGGAUCCAGUGAAUCAUGAUGAAGAGAAGGAGAAGGAUGCCCCUGGAGAUUCUGACCUGGAAACUGAUCUCCAGGAAUUGGCUUUGGCAAAGACUGGGGAUCAAGGCGGAGAUGGUCCUGAUGUCAAGGAGGAGAUUGCAUCAAAUACAGAGACUGUUGAAAUGCCAGAGGAGAUUGUUCAGACCCCAGAUGCCUGAGUGCCUGACUUACAGACUUGCAAAUAAAGAAACAGACAGGAUCAAAGCCAUAUCGAAUUGAAAAUAGGAAACCGUUUCCUUCUCUUGAGUAUAAGUACUUUAACCAACAGCUAAUAAUUUUCAGGUUCUUUUAUAAUUUCUGCUUGUAACAAAUAUGGAAUGCAUCUGUAAUAAAUAUCAGUUAAUAUGAAAUAUGCUCAGGUAUUCAUGUAGGUUCUAGUACCAGCUUUAACAUAAUGUGUGUGAUUCUGUGAAAUCCCUUAACUUCUAAACUCAACUUUACUCAUGUAAGUUGUGAAUUCAGAACAGAUACACUACAGUGCUCAUUGUUCAAUGCUAAUUUUUGCAUUCUCUGGUUCUCUUCGAUGGCAUGCAUACAAAUGUACUCUGUUUUUCAUGAUUCAUUUAUCAUAAAAUAGCAUC